AUGACUGGACAUUCGUGUGGUAUCUGGAAUUACCGAUCAGUUCCAAAGCCUACUGACUUUUUGUCGCUGAUAAUACAGGAUAUCCACAGGAAAAUUGUGCUUCAGCAGCAUGUUUUGGCUCAUCGUUCUGCCAUCUAUUGUCUCAAAUACGAUUGCCGCUCCGAUUAUCUUAUAUCGGCAUCCGAUGACUACACCAUUAAAAUAUGGUCUCUGCGAUCAUCUCAGCCUAGUCUCUCCGUCCCACUUCUACGUCAUACGCUUCGAGGCCAUUUAGCGGAAAUAAUUGAGGUUGACGUAUCUAUUGACAACCAUCUGAUGGUUUCCGUAGAUGCAGAUUGUACUUUGGUUAUCUGGUGCCUGCGCACCGGUCAGCCUCUCGUUUCGUUCCGCGGUUCUCGUCGCAACAGAGUCAUUUCGGGUUUGAGCUUCAUACCUAUUCCUCAACCAUCUGAAUUCCCAAAUGAGAAAGAUGGGUGGCUUUUGGUAUCUUCGUAUGGCUGUGGGCUGCAUUUCAUUCGCUACACACACACCCUUGUGGUUAGCGAAAAUGAAAUAGGCCUUGGAGUGGAUGGGUUUGUGGAGUGCUGUUGUAGCAUCCGUCUCCACCCCACUACCACCUUCAACACCCGUGAGUCGGAUACCGGUUUCUCCAACAACACUAGUGCUGUCGUUCUGGAUGUUAGUCCAGGCGGUCAUCACGUGGCGGUGGGCUGUACUGAUCACAGUGUCCGCAUGUUCACCUUUUCUGAAGGUGGAUGCCCCAUUUCAGCUGGUCGGUUAUCUGCUCAUGAGGAUGAUGUGAAUAGCGUAGCCUUCAGCAAUUCUGGAGUGCAACUAGCCACUGGGUCCGCCGACGGAGGUAGCUGUUGGCUCUGGAAUCUUCGGGCCGGUCUUUGGACAGGAUUAGAACUAAAGCUUCGCAAACGGCCAAAGAGUCGUCCUUGUGUUCUGCGCUGGAGCUGCAAAGAUACUUAUCUCGCUGUCUGCCUCAAGAGUGGAGCUGUGAACGUCUUCAGUGGAAGGAAUGGUGAAAGAGUUGCUAUUCUCACGGGUCACGAAGGCGCAGUUUACGCGGUUGCCACUUCACCACUCUGCGAGGAGAUUUUAGCAACCGGUGGUGCCGACGGCCGCUUCUACAUCUGGCGCUUCGGCACAUCUGCGGCUGUCAUACCUUCCAUUCUCUUUUUUUAUCGCUUUCCUGCACCUCAGCCAACUACCGACCUGGGCAUCACCUGGUUGCAAUCCACGGAACUUGAGGUCCCGUUGGCUGGAGCAACGGGGACGGCAACGUCGGAUUCGCUCCAAGGUUCGGCGACAGUGGCAGUGGAGGAUGAUGAAGAACGGCGUCGGAUUCGUGGAGAGGGUGGACUACAGAGUCAACGCAUCACCUGUUGCGUCGCCAUGCCGACUGCCAACGGGCCGGGCUUUCUGGUGGCCACGAAGGCUGGUGUCAUCUCAUUGUUUGCUCCGAGUCAAGAAAUAGAAUCCGUGAAACGGCUAUCCGGUGCUGAGCCACCACCCUAUGAGGAACAGUUUCUGCACUGGGAGAUGGAUAACGCGGCGUUGCGGGAGGUGUCCCAGCCAUCGAACACCGUAGCGUUGGCUCUGGGUUCUCCAGCUUCCAGUCAGUCAUUCAACGCAGGCUCCACCUCACAAGUUCAACAGCCUCAGCAGCACCAGCAGCCUCAGCAACAGGACGCGUAUUCGUCAUAUAGUAACAGCAACGACUACAGUAUCACUGGGAUAUUUCAACCACCGCCCUGUGUACUUUUCCAACUUGUCCACGAGCCCAGUGGCGUGCCUUUCUCUCGACUACCACCGGCCUACCUGACCACUCUGAGGGGCUACCCCUACUCCCCGGACAGACAGAUUGCUCAGGUGCCUGGCAGAUACGCUUUCAGGCCAAUCGACGCUAGACCAACUACCAUGGUGGACGAUGACGGUGAGGAGGUAGUUGUGGACGAUAUCCAGUUCGCUAAUAACGUUCCAUCCACCUACUGCUGCCCCGCACCCCUUCCGUCGUCAACACCACGAGACUACACCAAGACUUACCUCUGGUGUUGUCACUGGCUCUCGGGUAAAGAUGAUCUUAUUUGUCCUCUCUCUAAAAAUGAUGUAAAAUUGGAACUUGAUAAGUUUUUAAUUCGACAAGAGAGUGAAAAGAAGGCCUCUCGUGAGGGAUUGCAAACUCUCACCCACUCAAUACCCAGCCUCACCAAUAAGGAUGUAGAUGGCGCAACGACUGCUCCCGUCGAGAAUGCCAUUCGGUCGGCGGCAGCUCUAGACGAGACACAAUCGUCGUCGUUAGUGGUUUUGGUGGGCGAGGUGGGAGGUGGAGAUGGGGACGAAGGUGGGGUCUUUCGGUUACCCGGUGACUCUCUUUUGGACAUGGAUGGUGGCGAGGUGGCGGACGACUCAGAGAACGAUUCAGAUUGGUCAGCGCACAGGGACGCGGAGGCCGGCUGGGGCUCCAGCCGAACUCGUCGCAAUCGUCCCCCGACAACUCGAUCAAGAACGCGACGCUGGCACCUCGAGGCUGCGGAACAGCCGCCGUCUACAAGUCGUCACCGCAGUGAUGUAGAACUGGCAAGUCCACUGCUGAACGGCAGCCUCGACGACUCCGUAAUUCGCCGCUCGGCCCGACAGCGCCAGAGGCUGCGGCGUGAGCGUCAGAAUCAACUCUCUCUGGCCACCCAGCUGGAGGCGGUGCGUACACUGCGGCGUGCUCGGCGCUCCGAACGCCUACGACGAUUUCGACGGCAGCGUGGCCUUCCCGAGACGGUAACCAUGCUACGAAGGAGUGCUACAAUGCCGAGAGACGUGACAGAGCCUGUGGCUCUAAACAGUCUGGAGGACCUCGAGAUGAACGAUGAAGUAGUUGAGGUGGCAGACGCCAUCCCCGCUAACCCUAAGGAGCGAACCAAGCAGCAAAUCAUUCGCAGUAUCGAUUUUAUCAAUUCGCAUCAUGUGGAUUUGCCUCUUCUUGAACCACCACCAAACGGCUUUCCCGGCGUCUCCAAUCCUACAGGAGGCGUGACACCCGGACCUCUGGACUCUGAACCUGUCUCAUGGUUGGGACCGCAUUUGGAUUGGCUCUCCGCCACAAAGCCCUCUGCGUCCCCUUAUGUGCCUCAACUGGGUGAUCGAUUGGUCUACGUGAUGCGUGGACAUAAGGAGUACUUGAGUCGGGCCUGGCAUGAAGGAUCGGUUCCGGCCAUCGAUGUCAUCAACUCUGAUGGUGGUUGUCUGGAAGCAGAGCGGCUUCCACUACCUUGGGAACAGAAUUCCACAUUGCCUGGCUAUCUGUGCUGCCACGUCUCCGAAAUGGCAGUACAUUUUAUGCGAACUACCAACGCACUCAGCAAUCGGAGGCCCCAUUCCACCGCUUUCACUUCCUCUUCUCUUCGUCACCGCAAUGCCACCUCUGCCAACACCACCUCUACCGGUCGUUUCACGCAAUCCCUGGUUCGAGCUUCUCCUGCACCAAUAGACCCCGUUACCGAUACCACAGACGCUGUUGACAGCUUUGUGCGUCUCGUAUCCCUCCGCCUCGUUGUGGAGAGGCAGCAGCCCUACUCUUCCCUUACUGACUCCGAAGUCAGGUCUCUAUCACCCCUGCCUAAGGAAAUAUUCAUCCGUUACCAUGAUGUUGAUGGGGUGCUUGACUUCCUUGUCCUUCGCAGUGUCUUUGAUGAAGCUAUCAAUCGCUCUUGGAACGCUGGUGACGUCUUCAUUUGUCCCGUGGAGAAUGUUUGGUGGCGUGGACGCGUUCUCCGCGACUUUUCCGUCUUCAACCCCAGUACUUCCUCGUCCACACUUUCUUUGUCUCCAAGCGAUCCUUGGUUGGGAGUUCGAGUCCGUUGGUUGGAAAAUCACGAAACAGGAGCUGCUCAUGAACCUCUUCUACCACCGAGUCUCUCUGAUUGUCCGGGUGUGGAGUCUCUGGAAGGCGGUUUUGACGGUGAUGUUGUCAUCACUUUCUCGGACUGCCUCAGCCCUUGGGAUAUGCAUCCCUGGGUCAGCAGGCUUCCCAUUUCCGAUGAUCCAACAACGACCUUUUCUUCAGUCUUCAUGCACAGCGGAGAGAUUAGGAUUCCAGUGGAUCGAUUGACGCGACUUUUUGGUUCUCGGGGCUCCCAACCUAUGUCUGUGUCCUCUUUGGAACCUUCUACAUCUUUUAACCACACUAACACCACAUUUGGUGAGGUCAUCGAACGUAUCAAAGCUGUCCUCGACAAGCUGAUGACACUAAAUGCUGCCGUAGCAUUUAACAGUCCCGUGGAUCUGGCAGCAUUUCCGAACUACAUCGUAGUCAAUCCAAAUUUGGUAGACCUUCUCUUUAUACGCAAUCGCCUAGAAAACCUCUUCUACAGGCAAUCGGAAGCUAUUCGCUUCGACUUAGAGCAGAUUUUUAAGAAUGCCCUUCGCUACAACGAACCGACGAGCCUCAUUGUGCGCCAGGCACAGCUGGUUACUUCUCUAGCUCUCAAGGCCAUCUCCGACGCGAGUUUCAAUCUGGACAAAUUGAUGGACAACUACAUAUCAGCAGUGGCCGUGGAUCCCCAACUUGAUCCUGCAUUCGAGGUGCCACAGAAUUCCUCGUCUUCCACACUACCUGCAGUGCAUGAGGCGGAAGAUGACGAAGAAGGAGAAGGCGAGGAAGAAGGGGUAGAGGAAGAACAGGAGGCAUCAAUUGAAGACGCUCCAGUUGUUCUACCCUCUACGUCCUCCCCUGACUCCCCGCCUGCUGUAACUACGAAACGUUCUCGAUCAUCAGAGAACUCGACACACCUUGCUCCAGCAUCAAAGCGAACUGCUCUUAACGGAACUGGGGGAUCACGUUAUCCCCUACGGACUCUCACCGCCCACCCUCCACCACCACCACCGCUGCCGUUGCAUUCAACUGAGACGGAGGCAGGUGAUGCACUUGACUGGCGAAAGGUAUGCCGUCAACUCCUGCGAGAGGUGAAACGUGAUCGACGCAGUUUUUUCUUCCGUGAACCUGUCAAUAUUAACCAGUAUGCGACCUACAGACAGAUUAUCCAAAAUCCGAUGGAUCUGGGUUCCGUUCAGACUCGUCUUUUGCAGCAUGCACCCCAAGGUGACAUUGACACCUAUUCUGGGCCGCGUCAAUUCCUCGAAGACCUUGAAUUGAUUGUCAACAACUCUCGUCUCUUCAACCGCGACUCUGACACUCAGGUAUACUCGGAUACUCGAUGGUUGUCGCGGUGGAUAAAAAAGGUUGCGAGGAAGCGCCUCUCCCUAUACCUAGGAGACGACUCCCUUCCGGCUUUUGGUGAAUCUGCACAGUACGACAGCAACAAUGACAACGAGGUUCACCAACGUCUACGAAGCCUUAGGCCCUCAACUAGAGCAUCUCUACCUGUAGCAACUGUUCCCGAACCAGUCAAUAUUUCCAACGGCGUGGGACAGAUGCCUGAAAGGAACCGUGAGGCAGCAACGGUGGAUGUUUACUCUGGCGGCGUCGGUAGAAUUCGAGCUAGCCGCGGUCGCAAAUCUCGACGUUCAUUGCGUACUCACGGAACCCCCCACAGCACUACUUCCUCGUCUUCCAGUACCUCCGCCUCCACUUCUGUGGGUCGUUCCACACACAGACGUUCUCUGCGUACUUGCUACACUCUUGAGGCACCUAGACGCAGUUCUAGACGUCGGCUGUGCCGCGCGCAAGUGGAAGAGGGGGAGCAAUUGACUCGGUUACGACCCAGACGUAGUGCUGCUUUGAGACAUUACUACGAAGUAGAUGAGGAAGAUGGUGAGGAGGAGAGGUCGUCUCAAGAUGGUGAGGGCAUCUGCCCUUGCGGUGGCUCGUGUUUGCACUUGGACGAUGGCUAUAACUGCAUCCCAAUUUGGGGCAAGGGGUUGGGACGCAUUAGAGGCCUCAAGCGCUCCGUGGGUGUUAUCGUGACCAGUGGUUCGGGCCGACUACGGGAAUCACCUGGGUUGUUCUUGGUGGGCGAUGGUGCGCUUGUCGUCGGUAGGGGUCUGCGUGUGGUUGAUGCACUGUCCAUAUCACUCUGGGUCCUGUAG